AUUUGACUUCCGGCCGGGUAACCAAAUUAGCACAAGGGGAAGAAUCUUCUCGACAUUGUGUUUAUUUUACGGAGAGAUCUUGUCUGACGUUUUUCUAAUUAGGCUCUGCAGACUUCUGGUCAAGUUUCUUUGAUUGUUGAAGCGCAGCUUUUCGUCAACAACCAUGCUAGAAUCUGCAACCAAAAAGAAGACAUCAUCAUCAUCAUCAUCCGUGAUGCUAGACUGGUCUGUUCUACCAGAGGACCUACUGAACAUUGUAUCAAAGAAUGUGGAGGACUGUUUCGAUAUUGUUCAUGCUCGCUCUGUUUGCAACUUUUGGCGAUCCACACUUUCCUUUCCUUGCGUGUUACGCCGACCAAGUUACUCUCUUCCUUCCUUCGCCAACUUCCCUAGCGAAAGCAAACACUUGUGCACCCUUGAGAAGAUCCCUUUGUUCCUCUUUAGAGUCCAAACUCCUCCGCGUGCGUCGGCCUCUGAUUAUUUUCUAGGAGGGAUAGGCCGAGAUGAGUCAGAGAAUCUGAUAGAGCUUCCAUAUCCUCUUCAGUGUUCAUUGAAAGUGAAGAUCCAAGGAUCUGAUCCAACUUGGAUGAAGACGAGCCACUGCCAGGUCCUCCCUCUUGGCCAUCAGUACAGAAUGAUCGGUUGCGGUCCUAAAGGCUACACAUGCCUAGCUUUUCUUCCGCUAAACGAGGAGGGAAGAGAAGAAUUCAUUCUACUUCUCGCCUUCAGUAGAUAUUUGUUGGUGUUAACAAGUUCUGAAAUGAAGUGGAAGCCGGUUAUGCAAUUCGAACCUCCUUUACGUGAUAUAGUAACUUUCAGACGGAUGUUUUAUGCAACCGUUCAAAAUAAAAGUAUGACCAUGAUGCAUGCUUUCAGAAUCGACCCUUUCUCGUUGCACGUUACUCCUAUGAUCUCCUUGAGGGCUGGUUCGCUAAAAUAUCUGGUGCCAUGUGGCAAUGAUGACGAACUUUUCAUGGUUGAGAAAUUUAUCUCUUUGUCAUACGCAUUUAAUUAUAAACAGAUCAUAUGCAUCGUGGGUAGGCUACAUAAGGAGACUGGUCGAUGGGUUGAGGUCAAUGACUUAGGAGACCGUGUGUUGUUUAUUGGACGCUUUGGAAAUGUCUCAUGCUCGGCUAAGGAGCUUCCUGAUGGUUGUGGUGUGAGUGGGGACUCAAUUCUGUUCACAAAUGAGCUUGAUAAUGGAACAUACGCCUAUAAAUACGGAGUGGAUACAGGAAGAGUGGAAGAUAAUCCCAACUGUUGGAGGUUCUCAGGAGAGAAUCGUGUGACUAUCCUCAGUACAUCUCCCGUGGUGAGUUUUCGUGUUGAACACUAAGCGGUAGAAAAUUUACAUUGGACUUGGUCAUCUG